AUGCACAUUGCUCAAGCUGAUGUGCGGACAAUGGACCAGCUUCUCGGUGUUGUGAAAGAAGCAUCUUCGUCGUCUGCUCCAGUGCACAUUCCGAACCAAAACACAAUUUUCAAGGUGUACCGCGACGCCAUGGAGGAAGCAUACAAGAAGCUGAAAUACAUUCAAAAGUACCAAAUGUUUACGAUGCGAGAGAGAGAAAUCCUGGUAGAGUGCCGUAAGUGUCCAGACUCUGACCAAGUGACCCAGGAUCUUCGCCGUGUGUACGACGGCAUCACUACGGAUGCUACUCGCGUACGCGUCCUACUAACAAUGCACCUAGAGCCUUUGCAGAACCCUCCCCCAAAUUCCGAGAAGAUCCAGUCCUUCUACAAUAAGGAUGAACGCAGAGCGAAGCAAAUCCAGAAGGUUCGACAAGCCGCGGCUAAAAAGGAGAAGAGAGAGCGCGAAGCUGCCGCUGCAGCGGCGAAAAUUGCAAAAGAGACUCCCAGAGUGACUGGGACCACUGGGGAGGCUAUACAGACGGACGGACGUGAUGACCAGGGAACUACCCCGGCUAGUAGUGAGGUUCCUGACGGGAAGUCCGCGCUGCGCUCCAAGAAACGCCCUCGCAAAGAAACCGGAUAA